UUCCAUGCAAAACACCCACAUAUUAACUUUUUCUCUUCUUCAUUCUUCCCUUCACUUUCUUCUUCUUCUUCUUCUUCGUAUGGCUUCUCCACUUUGUCAUUUGCUUCAGAAUCCUUCGACUCCCUCAAUUCUUGUUUCAAUGGCUUCUUAACUUACUCAGCGUUUCUUCUAUUUUACUUCCGCUUCCUCCACUCUCUCACCGUUUUUUUUCCCUCUUUUUGGUUAGUGGUCGAGGAUGACCAAUCAGAUGAGGAGUAGUGUAAACCGAAGGCGAGACUUCACAGUCAACUAUAAGUGGAAGAAGAAAAGGAUAAUCCAGUCAGUUGAAGAGGAGGUUGAAUCAAAGUUUGGAUUCAAUCUCUUCUCUGAAGGCGACAAGAGGCUGGGAUGGUUGCUCACUUUCACUCCUUCAUCUUGCAAGAAUGAGGACACUGAAAAAAUCUUCAGUUGCAUCGAUCUUUAUUUUGUACACAGGAUGGCGGCAGUUUCAAAUCAAAAUAUAAGUUUUGUCCUUAUUUUUAUGCAGCCACAAAAAAAAAAAUGGAAACUGAUGUGGAGGCUUAUUUGAGACAAGGUUAUAAAGGUCAAAUAGCUGAUAUUGAGAUUUUAGAAAAAGAAGACCUUGAUCUUAGGCCUCAAGAUUUUCUAGAAUGUAUUGUUGAUCUUCGAGAGUACGACGUUCCUUACCACGUUCGCUUUGCAAUCGAUCAUGAUUUGCGCUGUGGACAGUGGUACGAUGUGAGUGUAUCGAGCACUGGUAUUACUCUUGAGAAGAGAAAAGAUCUUCUACAACGUGCUGAAGUUCGGAUAUGUGCAUUCGAUAUUGAGACAACAAAACUACCAUUGAAAUUUCCAGAUGCUGAAUAUGACAUGAUAAUGAUGAUCUCCUAUAUGUUUGAUGGACAAGGGCACUUGAUUAUCAACAGAGAGUGUGUUGGAGAAGAUAUUGAGAAUUUGGAAUACACUCCAAAACCAGAAUAUGAAGGGUUCUUCAAAGUGAACAAUGUGAAAAAUGAGUUAGAGCUUCUCAGACUGUGGUUUGGCCAUAUGCGAGAGGUGAAGCCUGGUAUCUACGUCACCUAUAAUGGCGACUAUUUUGACUGGCCAUUCCUUGAAAGCAGAGCAGCAUAUCAUGGACUUAAAAUGAGUUGUGAAGUAGGAUUUCAAUGUGACAAGAAUCUGGGAGAAUGUCGUUCAAAAUUUGCUUGUCAUUUGGAUUGCAUUGCCUGGGUAAAGCGUGAUAGUUAUCUUCCUCAGGGUAGCCAUGGUUUGAAGGCUGUCACAAAAGUGAAAUUGGGGUACAAUCCUCUUGAAGUUAAUCCAGAGGAUAUGGUUCGGUUUGCAAAGGAAAAGCCUCAGAUGAUGGCUUCCUAUUCCGUUUCAGAUGCUGUUGCUACAUACUACUUGUACAUGACCUAUGUUUAUCCUUUCAUUUUUUCGCUAGCAACUAUCAUUCCUAUGUCACCCGAUGAAGUGUUGCGCAAGGGAAGUGGAACGCUUUGCGAAAUGCUUUUAAUGGUUCAGGCUUUCAAGGCUAAUGUCGUGUGUCCUAACAAACAUCAAUCGGGUGCAGAAAAGUUUCAUCACAAUCGGCUUCUUGAAAGUGAGACAUACAUAGGUGGUCAUGUAGAAUGCCUAGAGAGUGGUGUAUUUAGAUCUGACCUACCAACCAGUUUUAGACUUGAUUCAUCUGGUUAUGAUCAAUUGAUAAACAAUCUAGAUCGAGACUUGCAGUAUGCCAUUCAAGUAGAAGGAAAGAUGGACUUAGAAUCAGUGUUGAACUAUAGUGACGUGAAGAAUGCUAUUAUGGAAAAGCUUAUUCGAUUGCGGGAUGAGCCUAUGCGUGAAGAGUGCCCUCUAAUCUAUCAUUUUGAUGUAGCUGCAAUGUAUCCUAACAUCACUUUAACAAAUAUGCUUCAGCCGCCAUCAGUAGUAACAGAUGAAGUUUGUACUGCUUGUGAUUUCAACCGUCCUGGAAAACCUUGUCUACGAAAACUUGAUUGGGUUUGGCAUGGAGAGGUAUUCAUGGCUAAAAGAAGCGACUAUUAUCAUCUGAAGAGGCAAAUUGAGUCCGAGUUUGUUGGUGUCGGUAAUGUUUGAUUGUCAAAACAAUUUCUUGAACUUCCAAAGUUGGAGCAACAAGCAAAACUCAAAGAGCGUUUGAAAAAAUACUGUCAGAAGGCCUACAAACGGGUACUUGAUAAGCCAGUCACUGAAGUUUGAGAAGCAGGGAUCUGCAUGAGGGAAAACUCCUUCUAUAUUGACACUGUUCGUAGUUUUCGAGAUAGAAGAUAUGAAUACAAAGGGCUCAAUAAAGUUUGGAAGGGGAAACUAUCAGAAGCUAAAGCAAGUGGAAAUUCAAUCAAGAUCCAAGAAGCCCAAGACAUGGUGGUUCUGUAUGAUUCAUUACAACUUGCUCAUAAAUGUAUCCUUAACUCCUUUUAUGGAUAUGUGACGCGAAAGGGUGCUCGUUGGUAUUCAAUGGAAAUGGCUGGGGUUGUUACAUAUACUGGAGCAAAGAUCAUUCAGAAUGCUCGUCUGCUAAUUGAGAAAAUUGGAAAACCGCUAGAGUUAGACACUGAUGGUAUUUGGUGUGCACUACCGGGAUCAUUCCCAGAGAGCUUUACCUUUAAAACAAAAGAUUCAAACAAGUUGACGAUUUCAUAUCCAUGUGUUAUGCUUAAUGUUGAUGUAGCAAGGAACAAUACAAAUGACCAGUACCAGACACUUGUAGAUCCUGUGAGGAAAAUAUAUGAAACGCGCAGUGAAUGCUCAAUUGAAUUUGAAGUGGAUGGACCAUACAAGGCAAUGAUUCUUCCGGCCUCCAAGUAAGAAGGCAUUUUGAUCAAGAAGAGAUAUGCUGUCUUCAAUGAUGAUGGAACUCUUGCAGAACUAAAAGGCUUUGAGAUCAAACGGAGGGGGGAGUUAAAGCUCAGCAAAGUUUUCCAGGCUGAACUUUUUGACAAGUUUCUUCAUGGUUCCACCUUAGAGGAAUGUUAUUCAGUUGUUGCAUCUGUUGCAAAUCGCUGGCUUGAUCUUCUAGAUAGUCAAGGAAACAACAUUGUUGAUAGUGAGUUGCUUGAUUAUAUAUCUGAAUCCAGUACCAUGAGCAAGUCUUUGGCAGACUAUGGAGAGCAAAAGUCUUGUGCUGUUACCACUGCAAAACGUCUUGCUGAUUUUCUUGGUGAUACAAUGGUCAGAAUAAAGGGCCUACGUUGCCAAUAUAUAGUUGCAAGUGAAUCCAAGGGAACACCUGUAAGUGAGCGUGCUGUUCCUGUUGCUAUAUUUGAGACUGAUCCAGAGAUAAUGAAAUUCUAUGUACGCAAAUGGUGUAAAAUUUCUUUGGAAGUUGGCAUUCGAUCUAUCAUUGACUGGUCCUACUACAAACAACGCCUAAGCUCAGCCAUUCAAAAAAUUAUAACAAUUCCAGCUGCCAUGCAGAAGGUUUCAAAUCCUGUCCCUAGGGUGGUCCAUCCUGAUUGGUUGCAUAAAAAAGUUCGGGAAAAGGAUGAUAAAUUUUGCCAGCAGAAGCUAUUUGAUAUGUUUGCCUCGUCAAGCAGAUGUAAGUAUUCAGAAAACAAUGGUGGUGCUAGCAGCAGCAAACAUGUGAUGAACGGAAAAAAUUCUUAUGAUAUUGGAGACUUUCAAAAGAAAGCUAGUUCUACAAAUGGCUCCAAACCGGUUGUUCGAAGCUACGACAUUAGAGCCCUGAAACAUUCAGUUACAAAAGAUAGCCAAGUAGAUUCCAUGAUGCACAAAAAGUUUAAGGGUGUUGGAUGUGAUCCUUCUUCACCAUUUCAUUUCAAAGACGUUGAUAGAAAUGUGGAUUACCAUGGAUGGCUUGAAAUGAAGAAACGAAAGUGGAAGAGUAAUUUGGACAAGAGGAAGAAACAAAGAUCGGUAGAUUUCUGGACUCCACUUCCUGCUACUGAUGUUUCACGGGAGUUAAAUUGCGCUGUGAAUGAUAAAGAGGCUCCCGGAAUAACAGGCGUUGGCUCGUAUUUCAAGAGGCAAGAAAAAUCUAUAACACACUGCCAUUGGCAGAUUUUACAGCUUGUUCAUAGUUCACAGAGUGGCCAAUAUUUUGCUUGGGCUGUUGUUGAAGGAGUUAUGCUAAAGAUUCCUGUUAUUAUCCCUAGAGUAUUUUACAUUAAUUCUAAAGUACCCAUUACUGAAGAAUUUGUCGGUAGGCGUGUUAACAAGACUCUUCCCCAUGGCAGGCACAUCUAUAACCUUUAUGAGGUUGUAACUGAUGAAGGUCAAUUUAGGACACAGAGUAAUAAACUUGCUGCCCUCUUUGCAGAACCAGAAGUUGAGGGCAUCUAUGAAAGCAAGAUACCUUUGGAGUUCAAGUCCAUCCUCCAGAUUGGUUGUGUCUGUAAAGUCAAGAAAACUGCUAAAAGCUGGAACAUUCAAGACGGGUGGAGUCUGGAUGAACUGCAAAUGAAGACUACAACAGAAUGCAGUUAUCUGGAAAAGCUAAUUCCUUUCAUCUAUGUGUAUAAUAGCAUUUCUGAGGGAGGAGCUAUCUACAUUACUUAUUUUCCUGCCACAAAAUUCAUACUUGUGGUGGUGGUUACUUCUUAUCAAAACAAAGACUUGUCAUCGAAUUUUCUUGAAAGGAAAUUUUGUGAAGCUUGUCAAAUGCUCUCUAGACAAUCACAACCUUCUAAGAGUGGUAUGGCUUACAAGGUUGACUAUGUUGUAAACAACAAAGAAGCUGAAGUGAUUUUGCAAAAAUCAAUAACAGAGUACAGAAGCAUAGACCGUGGACCUCUUGUAGCUAUAAUUGAGUCCCCAAAUGUGCAGCUUCUGAAGUCAGCUGUGAAAGUAUUAGACGAUUUUCCAUGCUUAAACAUUCCUUGUGAUGCUCAUCACAACCAAUAUCAGGCCUUAUUUGCCAAGUCAUGCUUUUUCCUUGCUUGUUCUUUUUCAGAUAUGGUUAUUAGCUUGCUGAAAACACUGCAAACAAGGGACCAAUUUGAGUGGAUUGAGCUGGAACCCGUAGAGUUCUGGCACUCCCUAUUAUUCAUGGAUCAGGACAACUAUGGUGGAAUUUCAGCAAAAGACGGUGAAAUUACUGAUGCUGAAUCCCUAGUUAACAUAUCGUACAACUGGGGAAUUGCCGAAUAUCUACCAAAGAAAAUUCAGGAUUAUUUUAUUAGGCUCGUUUCUCAAUUUAUAUACAUUCCAUGGAAAUAUGCAACCAAACAAGCUAAAUCAAGAACAUCUUUGGAGGGGGGCGACGUGCGUACUCCAUCCGUUGAAUCUUUUGAAUCACGUGUGACUCAACAUCUCAAAGAGAAGUUGAGUUCUUACUUCAGUAACCAACUGUUUGAGAUUGUUGGUGAUAUUUCACGAAAAACAUCUUCAGGCAGUCUCUAUAAAGAAGAUGCUCCAUUGGAAUUCAUUAAUUACGUCUGCGCUGCUUUACAACUUGACCAAAAUGUCCGGGAUGAUGUUUGGAACAUGAAGAAGAAUUUACUGAAUUAUAUGCACCUCAAAGAGUUUGCACCAGAAGCUCAGUUUUCUAAUCCCUCCACUUCUUUCAUCUUACCCAAUGUCUUUUGUAGCCAUUGCAAUGACUGUCGAGAUUUGGACUUGUGCCAAGACUCAGGUUUAAAAGCACAAGAAUGGCGUUGUGGUGUGGCAGAAUGUGGACAACCAUACAACCAAGAAUUAAUUGAGAAUGCUCUUAUUCAAAUUGUUAUGCAAAGAGAGCGUGCUUAUCACGUGCAGGAUUUGGUUUGUGAUAGGUGCAAACAAGUUAAAGCUGCUCAUUUGUGGGCAUGUGCUUGCGCUGGCACCUUUCAUUGCAAAGAAGAUAGCAAUGAAUUUUUGAGCAACAUGAGAAUUCUAUUAGGAUAUCUGCUACCAAGAGAACUCAAAAACACAAAGAACAAAUAGAGAACACUAAAAGAUAAAUUUAUACUGUAAUAUCAAUGAAGAAACUAUAAUAUACCAUAACCUUUCAAAAA